UAUCCGGGAGAGGCUGUGGAGGAUUACAUGAGGUGGUACAGCGCUGUGUCCCAUCGGUUCAUCAUCCCUGAUGAUAGGAGGGAGGAGUUCAGUGCGGUGACUGUUAUGCGUCGGGCCGUGGACUUGUUGGAACAGUCACUCGAGGUGCCAGAUGCUCCUGCAGUGGGCACGCAUUCCCGAUCCCUCACUGAGAGGGCGCUGGAUCUUAUUAGAUCUAGUGCCUUCAUCGGUACCCAGGAAGUAGCCUUUGCUGCUGUCCGAGGAGUUGUAGCUGCAGGAGGCAGAGGUCGUGGAGGUAGAGCGCGUGGAGGCAGAGCCCGUGGAGGCAGAGCCCGUGGAGAUGGUGCACCUGCAGAGGGCGCUCGUGGAGGCAGAGCUCGUGGACCUAGAGGUCGUAGGGGGGGCGGUAGGGGUCGUGGCGAGUGA